AUGGGUGUGGCGAGUGGCGUAGCUGUCGACAAUGAGAGAGAGUGUAUGUUCCCUCGUCACCUGCAUUUGGUCAUUUACGAAGACGGGGAGCUGAACAACUUGGCAACGAAUAUGGCCACGCCACCACUUAGCGUGGAGACGGUUUGGGGUGGCGCUGCUGGCCAUGAAGUGGAGAAGUCCAUGGGCAUCAGAGAGUAG